GGACUUGCCUCGCGUUGAUGCCAAGACAUAAUUCCCAUGUUCAGCUUCAAGAGGGUAGAACACACAUAAGAGCCGCUUCAUUCCACUUGAAUACCUUUCUACCCAAGUAUAACUCAUCUUCUGAACCAUUCGGCUAGGAAAACUGUUACCGCUGCUCCGCAAUUGCUCCUCAAUGUCGAAUUCCACCCCCCCUUUGGAUCCCCCGCCAUCAUACGAGGAUGUGCAGCGACCAGCACCAGGCUCAAACCGAGCAGCGCCUUUACCCUCGCCUCGAGGCCCUCCCCCGUCACGGCUGCCGAUGCCGCUGAAUUUGCCGGCCUUGAUGUCCCUGAGAGGGAAACGGGUUGUCUUGGCAUCACAGUCCCCACGGCGAAGACAGCUGCUCGCCCAGAUUGGCCUCAUAAAUCUCGACGUAGUGCCUUCGUCGUUUGCCGAGAACCUGCCCAAGUCCCUAUCCCCCUUCGAAUACGUGCUCCGGACGGCGACGGAGAAAGCCCUCGACGUGUAUGCUCGGGAGAUCGACAAUUCGGAGAAGGGAGAGCCUGCGCUCAUAAUAGCGGCAGAUACCAUUGUAGUCAGCCAUGGCGGAUCGAUAUUGGAGAAGCCGAAGAGCGAGGUCGACCACAUCCAGAUGCUGACCAUGCUAAGGGACGAGGGCCUACACAAGGUGUGCACUGCCGUAGCGGUAAUGACACCAUUGGAGAGUGCAAAGGAUCCGGGAUAUGCUCUGGAGACGCAUGUUGAAGAGACUGCAGUCAAGUUUGAUCCCAGUGUCACCGAUGAACUGAUCUUGGCCUACGUGAAAACCCGGGAUGGUGCAGACAAAGCAGGAGGUUACGGAAUUCAGACAGCAGGCUCUAUCCUCGUGGAGCGCAUCGAAGGCUCCUACGACAAUGUCGUGGGCAUGCCACUGCGAUCAACUCUGAAACUCAUUGAGAAGGUCAUGUUGCCUGAGGAGGACCCGGACGAUGAGUUCGCACACAGCGACGACGAUGGGAUAUGAGCGGAGCUAAUCAGAGAGAAGCCAGUUGCAAGACCACAACGUUGAGUACGACGAAGCUUGUCCGUCACCAUGCAAGCUGUUUACCUCUGUCUUGGCUAUGCUUUGAGCUAGGAUAUGUGAGGACUGGGAGUACAUGCGUUGGGCGGGUCGCACUUGAUUUCCUGGUCGGGGGCGUCUGAACUGCAGCCCUCCUUGAAGUUGCAGCAAGGGUACCGAGACACUCCAGCUCGACUCCGCCCACUGGCAUAGUGUGGUAACCCGCAGGGGCAUUACUAAAGGUUCCUACCGCUACGCAAGGGCAGCAGAUGCUAGAAACGCAAAACAUGCAGUCUCCGAGAAACUCGUAGAUGGUUUGUUUAAUGAAGCGGUCAACGUCAGUUCCGACGUCUGACGCGGUGCACCAAAUCUAUUGACAGGUCCAAUUGUACAG